AUGCCCGUGGACCUGGCCGUGCGGCUCUGCCUGAGCCACUCGCCCCCCAUCCGCAAGCUGCUGAACUCCUACGAGGAGCUGCGGGGCAGCCGAGGCCGCAAACCCCUCCGAUCCUGUCUCAACCAGAAGCUGAGCGCAGAACCUGAGCCAGAGCGGCGAGACAGUACCAAGAGCUGCAAGGGCCAGAAGAAGAAGCGGGUCGUUUUUGCUGAUAUGAAGGGGCUCUCACUGACAGCUGUCCGCUUCUUCUCAAAGAUUGAGGAGGACCUCUGUGAUUUGCAGCAUGCCCUGUCAGACCUUGCUUGUUUCCGACCGAGGCUGCGGGACUUACGCCCAGAAGUGUGCAGGUAUGUGCUGGACUUCCCACAGCCGUCUGCAAACUACACGGCUUUCCGCAACAGCCUGCUCAGCAACUUUGUCUGCCUGGAGAGCUGUUUGAUCCAGGACCGUGUUCUGUCAGGGACAGUGAAGGUUAGGAACAUCGAGUACGAGAAGAAAGUGAUGGUCCGCAUCACCUUUGAUGGCUGGAAGAGCUUCCGGGACAUCUCUUGCCAGUACAUGCACAGCACGUACGGCUCAGCCGACACAGACAUCUUCUCUUUUGAGCUUACCCUGCCCAAGCCAUCCAUUUUCCAUAGGGGCAUAGAGUUCUGCGUCUCCUUCCAGUGUGGACAAAAGAUCCACUGGGACAACAACCAUGGCAAGAACUACAAGAUCUGCCAUGUGGGCAUGAUCCGUCCUGCCUCUCAUGCUGUGAAGAGUGCCAGCAGGGCCUGGGAGCAUCUUGGCACCUCUGGGGCUGCUGCUCUAGUUCUUUCUCACCUGCAGAGCUGGCGGCAGUCAGAGACCCAAGCUCCUUAUUGGUAGGAAGGCAGUGCGGGGAGAGAUGUAGAUGCCCUCCCUGUCCCAACUGGUACAAAGGAGGGGUCAGCUGCAGAAGAUUCUGCUCACGGGUUUGUUAGCUCCUUCAUGGUCUGCUGCUCUAUGAGCAACUGCCAGUCUCUGCAGAAGCUUUUUCACUUCUUGCUGCUGCUACAGAGGCUGGAAGCUGCUGCUUGAAGUAACUCCUGCGUGUAGGUUCUCAGGGCAACAGGAGAGUAGGGGAGUGACACGGGAAGGGCUGUGGGCUGGGACCCGCGGCCGUGUCCGAGCCGCCUCGGGGGCCGACGCUGCCCAAGUGCCUUGUGUGGAGGGAGCCGCUGCGGAGGGGCGCGAUCCUGGCGCUGCCGGGCCUCCCGAUGCAGGCGCUCUCCAAACCGCUGUGCCGAGGAGGGCUCACCGCGGGGUUCCUGGGCGGGGAGCGGCGGGGUGCCUCCGCUCGUUGGUGCUGUAACGGGGAGUUAAUAAAGUGACGGCGCUUCGCGA